AUGGCGGUCCUUUCAACCCUCAAAGAGCUUGCUGAGCAACUCAUUGACCCUUACCUGUUCAUGAGCAUAGCAGUGCGUUUCCUCCCUAGCACAAUUCUCGAAGUUAUCAGGAAUAAAGAUUUCCGUACUCUGCUCUCGCCAUCUCGGUUCAAGGAGGCUUGGUUUGGAAACUUUUGGGCCUUCAUAGGUCCCCAGGUGAAGGCCAACGCGGAGAGCAAAGUCAUUCCACUACUCGAAGGACGGGUCAAGAAUGGCCGCAUGGGAGACGAGGUUGUCGAGAGGCCCAUCAAUGGAGUUGUUCUUGAGAUUGGUGCGGGGACCGGGAUGUGGGCGGAUGUGUUUGCCAAAGUCAACGUCGGGGUGAACACCGAGGAGAGCGAAGAUGGGGAACUCAGACGGAGAAAGGGAGAAGAAGGCGGUUUGACUCGUGUAUAUGGCAUCGAACCCAACCCCAAGUCUGCAGCAACUCUACGACAAAGAGUAAAGGAGAUUGGGCUUGAUGGCGUCUAUGAGGUUGUCCCAGUGGGCAUCGAAUCCAUCAAUGACCCGAAAGCGUGGGAUGGCCGUAUCGAGCCUGAAAGCGUCGACUGCAUUGUCACUAUUCUAUGUCUUUGCAGUAUCCCUGAGCCUGAAAAGAACAUCAAGCUUCUGUAUCAAAGUCUCAAGAAGGGGGGUCGAUGGUAUGCGUAUGAGCAUGUUCGCAUUGAUCAGAGUAGGAGCUUCUUUUUGCGUGCUUACCAAUGGGUUACUGGACUCGUGUGGUCACAAGUCAUGGGCUCAUGCCGAAUCUGCCGAUCGACUGGCAAAACGUUGAGGGAAGCAGGUCCAUGGGAGAAGAUUGAUCUAGCGCCACCAGUAGGAGAAGCAAGAUUUCGUCUUCUUCCCCACGUACUGGGAACAUUGACAAAGUAG